AUGGAUAUGGACGACGACGACGACUUUUACGCGCCAGACGAGCCUGUCGUGUCGCAGCCUGCUGCCGAUGCCCAAGCUAACACCAGUGCCAGCACAUCGGGCUCCGCCCCUGUGCGCGCCCAAGACGCAGAUCUCGAAUCGGGCGAGGAGGAGGAGGACGAGGGCGCUGCGGCCAUGGACGAGGACAACGACGACUCGGAUUCUGACUCGGAUAUCGACAUCAUAACGGAGCGCAAGGACGGCUCACAACCAGAACCACCAGCGCAAGCGCGGUACAGUGAUAUCAGGAACAUCCCACAACGAACCGCCUCGAGCGACCCGUCUGCAAAAACAACCACUGCCCCAGUGAAAGAGCAGCUAUCCACCCGCAAGACAUCCCAGAGCCAUCCAGCUGUCUCGACAUCGAAAGUUGAUGUCCACGCGGUACCGACUUAUAAGCCGGCGGGCAAGCCUAUAACGCAGGUCAACAUCGACACAGAUCUGCCCGAUAAUGACAAGCCAUGGCGCAAGCCCGGAACAGACAUUAGUGACUAUUUCAACUAUGGCUUUGAUGAAUUCACCUGGACAAUGUAUGCUGCCAAGCAGGAUAGUGUGCGAGGCGAAUUCAGCCAGGAUGCCGUGGCCCAGAACAACAAGAAGAUGAUGGAGGACAUGCAAAUGAUGAUGAUGGGCGGCAUGCCCGGCAUGCCUGGCGGCCCGGGAGGCGCCCCUCCCAUGCCUGGAAUGGAUGGUAUGCCACCCGAGAUGCAGCAAAUGAUGCAACAGAUGAUGGCGGGGGGCAUGGAUCCCAGCCAGAUGGACCCUUCAGCCAUGUUUGCAACUAUGCAGAACGGUGGUGGGAAUGCUCAAGCUGGUCAAGCUGGUCAGGGCCAGGGUUUUGGAGGCGGUGGUCAGGGUUUUGGGGGCAAUCAAGGUCAAGGCUACGAUGGUUUCAACCAAGGCAUGGGUCGUGGCGCGGGUGGUGGCUUCGGCGGCCGUGGACGACGAGGUCGAGGCGGCUGGUGA